AUGUACGAGUGCUAUCACUCAAGGCUCUUUCGCGAUGGUUACGGCUGGUGGGUAUCACGUGAUGGAGAAGAGAUGAAGUACGGGGGAGGAGUGGAUUCUAUCGAUUGCAAAUGCGCAUGCGGCUUGAACCAUACAUGUGCAAACCCUCAGUACGGAUGUAACUGCGACAAACUUGACCAACAAUGGCGAGAGGACAGUGGUUUACCUACUAACAAGUCCAGGCUUACCGUGAAGCAACUGAGGUUUGGAGAUACCGGCUAUACAGAUAGUGAUCAGGGAUACCACACACUUGAAAAGUUGAAGUGUUUUGGACUCAUAUAG